CGGUAGGGCGGGUUGGGAUUAUACCAGCCGAACCCAUUCGAGCUUGGAGUUCGUUCAGACGAAGCUUGGGGACUUUGGUGACCAGACCGGGAGCUGUUAGCCAUGAAGGCACCCGUGACUUCACUUUUGCCCGUUCUCGCGAGCGCUGCGAUCCUGGGUCUCGUCCCGGUCGCUCUUGCAAACGCCGAUGGUGGCCACAGCCAUGGGGAUGACGGCAUGGGCGGGAUGGGGAUGACAGACGCCGAUAAACCCUUGCCCGAGGACCAAUACCCCCCCACGUACUUUGCCCACCCUGAUCACAGAGCGGCCAUCUACGGGCAUAUCGCCUUGAUGGUCCUGGGAUGGGUUUUCGCGUUGCCUGCUGCCGUCAUGUUGUCGCUCGCCCGUUCACGUUACACGCUCUUCGUGCAGUUCGCCUUCCUCGCCAUCAACGCGGGGGGGUUGCUGCUGGGUGUCAUCUACAAUGCUAGCACACCCGAUCUAUACCCGAACAACGCACACCACAAGCUCGGCUGGAUCGUGACGUCUAUCGUGGGCGCGCAGGUGGUAAUUGGUGUUUUGGCACGUGUUGCGGGUAUGUUGAAAAGGGAGAAGUUCAAGCUACCAAGCCGGGCCGAGGAGCGCCAAGGCUUUAUCCCCGUCUCAACUGCCGCCAUGGCCGAACACGAGUCCCGGUAUUCUCUCUCCGGGCCGUACGGCCGCUUCUCCAACGACAGUGGUCAAGGCACUGAGCCAAAGACGGAGUCACUUCGCAGCCAUUCGCUUUCGUCCGGUGCCGAAUCCCCGCCGAGUCCCAUCCGCGAUGCGCAUCGGGAAUACCACCAUGACGAUGACACCGACGAGGACAUCGAGGCGCGUUUGCCCAUGUUCUCCAAGUCGACCAAGGCUCAUUCGAUCGUAGCCAAGGUUGCAGGAAAGAUUUCAGACCGGUUCUGGAAGGUCUUGCUUUUUGCUUACAACUUUAUCGACCGGACAAUUCUGAUCCUCAGCUUCAUUGCUCUGUGCACGGGUAUUAUCACCUUUGGCCGCUUUUUUGAGGGCCAUGGUAUUUUCAGCGGGCUGGCGCACUGGAUCAAGGGUGGUGUUUUUGUCUGGCUCGGCAUCUUCACUCUCGGUCGAUGGGCAGGUAGUUUCGGUGAUCUCGGAUGGGCCUGGAACAUACGCCCCAGGAGGGCGGGCCAGAAAUGGCGCCCCUCAGCCGAGUUCGUCGAGAGCGCCGUCAUCUUCUUCUACGGCUCUACCAACAUCUUCCUCGAACACCUCGGCAACUGGGGUGGUGAGUGGAGCGCCACCGACCUAGAGCACAUGUCCAUCACCGUCCUGUUCAUCGGCGGCGGCCUGUGUGGCAUGCUCAUCGAGUCCACCAAAAUCCGCAACCUCCUCAACUACACCGUCACCGAGGCCAUCCAAACCGCUCCCCACUCCCCCACCACCAUCAACAACAACCACCACACCUACACCAUCCCCCACGGCAACGACCCCGAACGCAACCCCCCCCACCACCACCGCAGCCACCACCACAACGCCCAACCCCAACCCGACGAGCACUCCGAGCCCGAAAGCUACGGCUUCUCGACCAACCCGAUCCCCGCCCUCGUCAUCGUGCUGCUGGGCAUCAUGAUGAGCUCGCACACGCAGGGCAGCAUGGUGUCGGGCAUGGUGCACAAGCAGUGGGGCAACCUGCUGACGGGGGCGUCGCUGGCGCGGGCGCUGACCUACGCGCUGGUGUGGCUGCGCCCGCCGCGCUCGGUGCUGCCCUCGCGCCCGCCGACCGAGUUGUUGGCGGCGUUUGGCAUGACGGCGGGGGGGGUUGUUUUUAUGGCGAGUGCGGGUGAUACUAUUGAUGGCAUGAUUCACUACCAGCUAGACGCCAUGUUCAUGUACACGGUCACCAUGGGCUUGGUCGGUCUGCUUAUGGCGUGGGUCAUCGUCCUGAUUGCCCUCAAGGGCUGGGCUGCGAGGCGCGAAGCUGGCCGGGCUUGAUCGGCUUUCGCUGA